AUACUGCCAUCAUCUCCUAUAAAAGAUCAGGCAACUGUGGUUGUGAUUGAUUCGUAAAGGAAGCAAAAAAGCAUGUAAAAUCAGCAACUAAAAGAAAUAGUAAAGCUCCUCAUGGCUACAUCUGCUACAGUUAGCAUUUCAGCUUUAUCUAAUAUACAAGGAGGUGAAACCAGAGAAAGAAAAGGGAACAUAAACAGUGCAAAAGACAAGGGAAGAAGAGAGCUGCUUUUUUCUGCUGCUGCGACAGUUGCUCAAGUAACUGAUUCCAGGACCGACCUGCUUAAAAAAUAUUUGAAGAAAUCCGAAGAAAACAAGACCAAAAAUGACAAAGAGAGACUGGAUAGUUACUACAAGCGCAACUACAAAGAUUACUUUGGCUUGCUGGAAGGGACUCUGAAGCAGAAGAAAGAACAGCUUUCUGAAUCAGAGAAGGGCAUACUUGAGUGGCUUGAAAAGAACAAAUGAAUGUGCAUGGGAUUUAACGAUUCAUGCUUCUCAUGUUUGUCUACCUCUAUUUUCAUAUGAUGCAAUGCAGAAUAUGCUAGAGGAAGCUCGUUGGAGUAAUGAAGGCUUAGACCAUCAUAUCUUUGAUCUUGGUUAGAGUUAUUACAUUGUACAAGAACUUUAAUUGGUCCUGAGCUACUUGUAGCGUACAUUUAAACCAGCAUACUAUGCUACCAGUAUACAACUAUUUUACUGAUAGAAACUAAUUUCAUCUGUCUACCUUCUUGAUAUACUACAAA